CACCAGAGUUACUCGGAGUAGCCGCUAGGCUGACGGAGGCAGCUGUAUAAAAGAUCAUCCGCGCGGCAGGCUCAUACAGCAAUUCGCCCGCUCUUCGCAUCGCACACCAGAUCAUAUUCUCUGCACUCUACCAGCACUCACCAGUCGUCAUGUCCCAAGUGAAGGAUAUCGCUCGCGGCCUCUCCGCCAACGGCGCAGGGCCGACCCCCGCUAACAACGGCAACUACCUCCUCUACACCGACAGCGGCAAGCUCGUCGUCAAGCUCUGGACCGGGGAGGCGUUCGGCGACGAGCAGCUCGUCUCCAGCUCCGUUCGCGCCGGCUCCACCGCCGCCUACGUCGCCACCACCACCAAGUCCUUUGUUGUCGGAAUCACUUCCGGCUCGAAGCUGGUCGUCUUCUCGUACGACGAGGAAGAGGAGGAGUGGGCCGAAGACAAGACGCUCCCCGCGCUCGCCGUGCACCCCUCCGGCAAGCUCGCCGCCACCCUCUGGCAGGACACCGUCCGCGUCGUCUUCCAAGGCGCCGGGGGUGAGCUCACCUACCUCUCGAAGCCCGCCGCGGGCGGGGCGUGGGCGACCACCCAGCUCGCCAAGGCGGCGCAGCCCCUCGCCGGCACCGCGCUCAGUUUCUCUCACCCCGGCGGCGACGUCUUCUACGUUUCCGCCGCGGACCAGUACAUCCACGGCCUCUACGAGGCGGAGAAGUGGGCGGACAGCGUCGCGGCGCCCACGCCGGUCGGCGUGCUCAAGCAGAUGUUCGUCUCGACCGGCGGCACGAAGGAGACGGUCGAGGCGUUCGGGUUGACGGAGGAGAGCGCGGUGCUCCAGGUCCCCGCUGUCGGAGAGAAGGUCGUCCUUGGCGACGUCAAGGCGGACGGCACCUUUGUGUCCAAGGUGAAGGCGGAGUGUGUCAACCAGAAUCAGAACUGCGUGAUCGCGUGAUGCUACUGCGCGCACAUUGUGGAUGUGUUGUGAUCUGGGUUCAAGUUCUGGAGACAAUGUAUGUACAACUCACUUCACGGCAACACGGGCUUCGUUACGCCGGAUUUCUUCAUGUUGUUUAGCUAUCUCGUUGUCUGAAACACCUCAAUGAUAUCUCGUCUGUGCUCCUACUUAGAGAUGUGCAUGCAGUGGUCAGCAU